UGGACUCAAUUGAUCUGAAUCGGGUCGGAGGAUCGAAUACGUAAAACAGAAAAUUGAAAGCCUGCGGAAGCAUAUAUUUGUUGUUCCUUUGGCGCCAUUCCGCUGCUGCCUUUGGCUCUUCCAUUCUCUCCCAAAGACGAAACACAAUUGAAAACAGUCUUUGAGAGUCGGCAGAAUAAUUGGAGAACAUGGCAUCAAAUUUGGGAGGAGCAUCGAUAUCACAAACAGAUGAUUUCGAGACGUUCACACCAACGACUGAUGUUGAGCCUCUAAAGAGGGCUUGGCGUAAUGAAAAGGCUGCUCCUGAGAUUCUACCCUAUGAGGCAUCUUUGGUUGGGAGAAUCAAAGAGCAGAUCCAAGCAAUGGAAGAUACUAUAGAGGAAUAUUCAAGAAGUGGCAUCGAUCCCCUCAUUGUAUCACUCUAUCAAAUGGAUUUAGAUAGGGUACAGUUCUUGUUGAGAUCAUAUAUUAGGAGUCGCUUGCAGAAGAUUGAGAAGUACAUGCUCUAUAUCUUGAAGUCAGAUGAACUUUUCGGACGUCUUUCUAGAGAAGAGAUAACAUUUACUGAUAGGUGUCGCCAUGAUAUGAAAAAACAUUUUGAUGAGAGUGUUCUAUCAAAAUUGCCAAAUAAUUAUCAGGACAUUUUGAAGCAAUCUAUAACAAGUGAAGAGGAUGACAUGGUUCCAGAACCUCCAUUGGACACGUUUGUGGUCUGCAAAAGUAAGGAAUAUCUUGAACACAUACAGCUUGAGGAUGAGGAAGAGAGAGCAUCUAGUAGAAUAGAGGAGCCUUUUGAGAUGGAGGCCAAUGUGUUGCACAUUAUUCGCUACAGGCCCAUAAAAUCACUUGUAGAGAGCGGGAGAAUUGAUUUGCUGUAAACAAAAUCUCUAUCGCAUAGCAGGUUUCGACAUGGGUGAUGGAGACUAUUGCAUUGGUAUCUUGGAUGCUAAUUUCAGCAUUGGUUGAGGCUCAUAAAUGAAAGGAAUGGUAGAGCAUUGAAGGGCAUUAUCAAAUGCUGGUGAGCCAUUUCAAUCUGAAAACUCAUGAUAUUAAAUGAUGAAUGUGGCAUUACAGUGAAACCAAACAGUAUAAUUUAUAGCAAUCAGCUACGCAUCAAUUAGAAAUGAUGGAUACUUUUAGAUGUUGAUUUACAAUUUUAGUCUAUAAACUUUGCUAGGUGUAUCUGUUUGAUACUUGAAAUUUGAAAGCUAUCCAUGUCUAUGAAGUUUUAGUUUUAUAUCUAA